CAAUUUUAGGUACCCAUAUUGAGAGAUGAUGUAAGAACACUUCGAUUUGUCAGUUUUUGCCACUGUUCAAUAUUAUUAUUCCAUAUAGAAUGAGAACAGAUAAGAGUAGUUACUAAUCAAUUCAGUAUACCUCAUACUUUGAUAGAGAACGCACAUACAAAAUAAGGACGUUGUCGGCUAAUUUAUUAUCCCAGAUCAAUCAGUUAAUUGUUAAGUAUACUGGGUGAAUCAAGUUUGCGUGACAUUGACACCGGUUAGAAUUUAAGAUAACUAAUCUGAGAGAAGUUAUUUAAUUAACCAUAAAACAAAAUGCUAUCUACAAGGAGAGCAAUAUCAAAAGUGUGUGAACUGCUAUAUGGCAUUGAUAAGAAUCUUAAAGGAUUAAUUGGUAUGGCUACACAAAGGCAACUUUCUUCAAAGGAAAUAUUUGCCUUGGAAGAUAAGUGUGGUUGCCGAAACUAUGCGCCCCUUGCUGUGGCAUUGUCACGAGGAGAAGGCCCUUUUGUGUGGGACGUUGAAGGGAAGAAAUACUUUGACUUCUUAAGUGCGUAUUCAGCGGUAAACCAGGGUCACUGUCAUCCCAGAAUUAUACAGGCUUUGAAGAAACAGGCUGAUGUACUUACUUUGGUGUCUAGAGCAUUUUAUUCCGACAAGUUGGGAGAAUACGAAAAAUUUAUGACAGAAACUUUUGGUUUUGAUCGUCUGUUACCCAUGAACACUGGAGUGGAAGGUGGCGAGAGUGCUUGUAAAAUAGCUCGGAAGUGGGGCUAUGAUGUCAAGAAGAUACCUGAGAAUCAGGCGAAGAUAAUAUUUGCGAAAGGCAAUUUCUGGGGGCGCACGCUUUCGGCUGUAUCAUCUUCUACAGAUCCUGACUGCUAUACUGGAUUCGGUCCAUACAUGCCUGGUCUUAUGGUUGUUCCAUAUAAUGAUAUCCAAGCUUUAGAAAAAGAGUUGCAAGAUCCUAACGUAGCAGCUUUUAUGGUAGAGCCCAUACAGGGCGAGGCGGGAGUCAUUAUUCCUGACGAUGGGUACUUGAAGAAGGUGCGAGAAUUGUGCAUUAAGUACAAUGUGCUGUGGAUUGCUGAUGAAGUACAGACUGGUCUUGGGCGCACCGGAAAAUUACUUGCCGUUGAACACGAAGGUGUCAAGCCAGACAUUCUGAUUUUGGGCAAAGCUUUGAGUGGUGGUGUUCUGCCUGUCUCCGCUGUUCUAGCUAAUAACAAUGUUAUGGAUGUAAUAAAACCCGGUACUCACGGUUCGACGUACGGAGGAAAUCCGUUGGCUUGUGCGGUGGCCACAGAGGCUAUCAAGGUGUUAUUAGAAGAAAAGCUGGUAGAGAACGCUGCGCGAUUAGAGCCGAUCUUAAGGGCGGAGCUUGAGAAGAUUCCUAAAGACAUGGUCACUGCCAUACGUGGCCGUGGACUGAUGUUCGCUAUUGAUGUACACGACAGUAUCCCAGCCUAUGGCGUGUGUCAGCGGCUAAAGGAGGCUGGUUUGCUGGCAAAACCAACACAUGGUCAGACCAUUCGCCUCGCCCCACCUUUAGUAAUCACUGAGCAGCAGUUACGAGAUGGCGCUCAACUUAUUCAGAAAGCCUUUCAAUCUUAUCAAUAAAUAGCUAUUUAUUUAGAAUAUUCAUUUAGGAUAUCAUGUUUCCUAAAACCGCUUUACAUAUUACGUAUUUUAUAUCAAAUACACAAAAAUUUAUAAUAUAAAAUGUC